AUGCCUAGAGACGAUCUAUCCAUCGACUUCGUGAAGAGGAUGCCGCCGCAGGUCGAGGCACUCGAUCCGGCCCUGAUCCUGGAUGAUUGGAUCAACAGGGUCCAGAACCUGCCCGAGGAGAUUCGCUUCAUCCAGGAUGAGAUUGCCGACAAGGACCGUCAGUACAACGACUGCAUAAAGCUCAUCGAGGAGCGCGAUGCCCGCAUACAGAAAUGGAUCAAAGCCAACGGGAGUCACGAGGGAAAUCCUCGGGAGGAGGGUUAUCGUCAGACUAUCCGCGAGAACUUUGUCAAGGCAGAUCAGCUUGCGGCCGACAAGAUUACUCUCACCCAGAGGUUGCAGGUCAUCAUGGACAAGCAUCUCCGGAUAUUAGAUGCCCAAAUCAAGAUCCUGUACGACCGUAACGAGCCGGGCUUCACUGACCCAGAUGAGGUUCCCUCACUUUUGCGACCAAGUGCCGCCAACCACUCUGCUCCGUCUAUUCGAUCGAUCAACCCUGCCGCGAAUCCCGUCACCGCUGCUCUAAGUCCCAUCGUUAAUUCCGCUUCACCAACCGCGGUUCGCCCCUCGAAUCCCCAAGUUCGCAAUGCCCAGGCGCAACAACACCCUUCCGCCUCGGCACCAGCCACGCCGGCAGCCAGUAUGAUAUUAAAUAGACAAGCUCGUGAGAGCUCGGCCGGACCGGGCAGCGGAGUCCCUAAGAAGGGCCCUCGCGUCAACAGUGGACUCGGCAAUGCCCCCGCGACCUCAAGUGGCCUGGCGCGUCACUCGUCUCUGGGGCCGGGCACACCGAAACACGUUACCGCGACAGGAGUACCAAGAGCUGGAAGUGCAGGACCGCGCGCCACGACUAAGGGGGCAGUCACCGCGCCUGGACGUAAAGCCGGCACUCCGUCAUCUAUGAUACGAAAGAAGGGGACACCGGCAGCCACCACUGCGAAUAAGUCUGGACUGUCGCGUGUGAAGCGGGCGGCGAAGAACUCGCCGUCCUCAAACGCCGACAGCGAGCUGUCCGAUGCCGAGAGCGGCAGCGGCGACGAAUCAGAUGCCCGGACAGGCGGCCGAGGGACUCCCGCGGCGCGAGGCAGCUCGCAGAACGAGAAGGAGGCCAAUGGCGGUAACGGCGGCGGCGGCGGCGGCGGCGCGGAGCACCACACCCACAAGCGCGCGCAGACGAAGCGCGAGCACAUGGACGACGAUGAGGACGGCAUGGACCUGGACGAUGACGAUGCGGGUGACGAUAAGAAGUACUGCCUCUGCCAGAACGUCAGCUUCGGGGACAUGGUCGCGUGCGACAACGACGACUGCCCGUACGAGUGGUUCCACUGGUCGUGCGUGGGGCUCAAGAGCGAGCCGAACGGGACGUGGUUCUGUCCCGUGUGUACGGAGAAUGCGAAGAAGAAGAAGUGA